UGGGCCCCACCUUCAGAGAAAACCGCGUCUCCCCAACUUCCACCGCUAAUUUCCGCCGCUGGCUUCGUACUUUCCAACUCCACGGCGGUUCGGCGGCGUACGGCGGCGACCCCCGCCGCUUACUCCUCUUCCCUCCUCUCCUCCCACCGGCGGCGCACAGCCGGCCUUCCACCGCAGCGGAGAGGCCGGCGCGCCAACGCUCGGAUCCGGCCUCCGCGCCGUGGCCCAAGCGGCGACGGCGACGAGCGGACGACUUGGAGCGGCGUCUCCCCCUUCCUCGUCCGGCCUCCGCGCCGUGGCCCGAGCGGCGACGGCGUCGGGCGGUGCUUUUCAGCUGUGCGCCUGCGCCUGAGCUUCGCUUUUCAGCCAAGAACGGGUGACCAAGUUUGGCCACUCGGUCUUCACUAGGCUACACAUGUGGAUGAGGACGUGGCACCGAAUAUGCCGAACAUGUGGAGGAGCAUUGUAAACGCCUCACAAAAGACCGUACAUUAGGGAGGGGAUUAGGCAACAAAAGCUCGUCGUCCAUCCGCAGAUACGGAACUACUCCCCUAUCCAACACCUCCGAGUCCGAGCAACGCAAGAUGGCGUCGUGGUCGUCGCCCGUCGCCGCCGCCGCCUUGCAGGUCCAUUUCGGGUCCUCCUGCUUCUUCUCCGCCCGAUCGCCACGACAGACCCUCCUCCUACCACCUCUCGCCCGCAACCCUACACUGACCAUCCAGCCCCGGCCCCAUCCCUUCCGGAACAUCAACUCCUCCUCCUCCUCCAGCUGGAUGUGCCACGCCGUCGCCGCCGAGGUCGAGGGCCUCAACAUCGCCGACGACGUCACCCAGCUCAUCGGCAAGACUCCAAUGGUAUAUCUCAACAACAUCGUCAAGGGAUGUGUUGCCAAUGUCGCUGCUAAGCUCGAGAUUAUGGAGCCCUGUUGCAGUGUCAAGGACAGGAUAGGAUACAGUAUGAUUUCUGAUGCGGAAGAGAAAGGCUUGAUAACUCCUGGAAAGAGUGUUUUGGUGGAACCAACAAGUGGAAAUACAGGCAUUGGUCUUGCCUUCAUUGCUGCUUCCAGAGGAUAUAAAUUAAUAUUGACCAUGCCUGCAUCAAUGAGCAUGGAGAGAAGAGUUCUACUCAAAGCUUUUGGCGCUGAACUUGUCCUUACUGAUGCCGCAAAAGGGAUGAAGGGGGCUGUAGAUAAGGCUACAGAGAUUUUAAAUAAGACACCUGAUGCCUAUAUGCUGCAGCAGUUUGACAACCCUGCCAACCCAAAGGUACAUUAUGAGACUACUGGGCCAGAAAUCUGGGAGGAUUCUAAAGGGAAGGUGGAUGUAUUCAUUGGUGGAAUUGGAACAGGUGGAACAAUAUCUGGUGCUGGCCGUUUCCUGAAAGAGAAAAAUCCUGGAAUUAAGGUUAUUGGUAUUGAGCCUUCUGAGAGUAACAUACUCUCUGGUGGAAAACCUGGCCCACAUAAGAUUCAAGGCAUUGGGGCAGGAUUUGUUCCAAGGAACUUGGAUAGUGAAGUUCUCGAUGAAGUGAUUGAGAUAUCUAGUGAUGAGGCUGUUGAGACAGCAAAGCAAUUGGCUCUUCAGGAAGGAUUACUGGUUGGAAUUUCAUCUGGGGCAGCAGCAGCAGCUGCCAUUAAAGUUGCAAAAAGACCAGAAAAUGCUGGAAAGUUGGUAGUGGUUGUGUUUCCAAGCUUUGGUGAGAGGUACCUUUCAUCUAUCCUUUUUCAGUCGAUAAGAGAAGAAUGUGAGAAGUUGCAACCUGAACCAUGAGCCUAACUUCAGUGUUCACAACAUCAUAAUUGUUUCUGAGAUUUCUGGCCAUUAGUUUUUUUUUUCUGAGAAGUAUCAUACCACUCCAUAGCUGUUUGUUCGAUAAAUAAAACAGUUACCUUUGCACUUAUAAUGAGGCUUGUGAGGGUACUGUGAAAUUUCUCUGAACAUCUUCUACUCUUCUCUUUUAUCCUUAAAUCAAUCUGGGAGCAGUUUGUAAUACAUACGUAAAUUUAAAGCUGGGUGUUUGGUAAUUGUAAACAAAUGUUUCGAAGAGCCGUGAAACAUUAUCAAUUAGCAUGAAGCACUUUAAAAGUGCUUUCCGGAU